AUGGCCGAUAUUGCCGAAGACAAAUCCCUGGGGCUCACUUACGCGUCUCACCAAUACGGGAAACAUAACCGUCAGAAACUAGGCGUAUGGCGGUUUGCUGAUCGCCCAGCCCAAAAAACUGGUUAUUGGGUGGUCUUCAUCCAUGGAGGUGCCUGGCGUGAUCCUCGUAACAAUGAGAACGAUUUCACCGAGUCUAUCAAGCGCAUUGUCAUCUCGGGUGCAGUCGCGAUACUGGAUAUUGCUGGCUUUGUCAGUAUCGACUAUCGGCUAUCCCCUCAUCCAGACUUCCCCCAAGAGUCUGCCACCGUAAAACACCCAGAUCAUUUAGAAGAUAUCUGGUCAGCCUUGAACUAUCUACAAGGCAAGUACGAGUUGUCAAACAACUACAUCCUGGUCGGCCACUCUGCGGGUGCAACACUCGCGUUCCAACUUCUCAUGAGUGGGGAAAUUCUCGCCUCUCACCCCAAGGGACCCUUGCCCAUUGCCAUUGUUGGAGUAUCAGGUAUAUUCGAUCUUGUUGGGCUCAACGACAGGCACAACGGCGGGUAUGCGGGCUUUAUCGGUGCCGCAUUUGGCGACAAUAAGUCUGCCUGGGAGAAAGCCUCUCCAGUUCGGUUUGGAUCAAGCUUCAGGGACAACUGGGCAAAUGGGAAAUUAACAAUGCUUGCAUGGUCUGCUGAGGAUACACUUAUUGAUGAGCCGGAAAUUGAUACCAUGGCAUCUCUUCUAACAGAGCAGGGACUCAAAGUUGAAGUUAAUAAGCACCUUAGGGGCGAGCACGAUUUUGUAUGGCAAGACGGGAGCCAGAUAGCUCGCCUAAUCAUCACGACUCUCCAUCACUUAAACAGGAUAUAA